UUCUUCGAGGCCUGCGAUUUGGGAUUUUUUUUUCUCACCGAGUUCUUCUUUCUCCGCUCUACCCCACCCCGUUUUCUAUUUUAGGACGGCAUUUCUCAUUGUAUAAAAAAAACCCCUUUAUUCAUACAUUGUCUUCUACUUUCUGAGAUAGAUAUAUAGAUAUAUAUAGAUAGAUAUAGAUAGAUAGAUAUAUCUAUAUCUAGAUAGAUAGAUAGAUAGAUAUAGUGUUGCCUCCCCUUCCACCCUCAACCCAACAGCGCAUUUCAGCGGUGAGUCUGCAAGAUCUGAGCAGAUAGCGUACUGCCGCCUUCAAGAUCUUCCUCCCAGCCUAAACCCUGCUCUGCAACACAAGGAUCAUUAGUACAAGGUUGUUAACAAGAUUUACUGAGGUGGAUGGGAUUCAUGUAUUAAAUGCUGGACUCAGUUUUGAAUUCUCUCAUGUACCUGUUUGAGUUCCCUUGUGUAACCAGAAAGAGCAAAGUAGCUAGUGCCAGAACUGUCUGCUCUGAUACUCUUAAACAUUUCAAAAGAAAUGGAAGUAACAUACACUCGGGGGCAAGCUGUUUCCAGAAACCAGGAGGAUACUCUUAAUUCAGACUGAACAGAAAACAGAGAUCGACAAUGAGUCACAAGGGCAGAUAUUAUUUAGAAACAUGUGAAACUCAGCAUCAGGGUUACCAUAGCUUUGAGCAAGAUUCCAUUCCUUUGCAUAAUCUGGAGAUAGAAGACAACUAUGUUGAUGCUUUGGAUCCUGAUAAACUAAUGCAGUGUCCAUACGACAAGAAUCAUAAAAUCAGGGCAUGUAGGUUCCCCUACCACCUUGUCAAGUGCCGUAAGAACCAUCCUGAUAUAGUGCAGCAGCUGGUCACAUGCCCAUUUAAUGCCCGUCAUCAAGUCCCCAGAGCAGAGAUCAGCCAACAUAUAUCAAGCUGUGAUGAUAAAAGAUGUAUCGAGCAAGACAUUGCAAGUCAGAGGGAUAACCACGGAAGAGAGGUGAAUGUGUUAAGCUCCUGGCAAUCUCCUCCAUGUGAAGAAGACUGGGACAGAGAUCUAACAGAUCAAUCGAACUCUAUCUUCAUUUGGGGCACAAGCCACUGUGGGGUAAACAGUUCUGGAUCAAACACAACUAUGGGACAUAAGAACCACUUAGCUUCAGGACUACGAGCUCCCAGGUCCUUCCCACAUGUACUACCGUGGAAAAACUAUGCUGGAAAUUGAAGACCAUGGCAGAAACUGUCCAUUCAAAUGGCAAUCAAGUGCUCAUUAUCUACUCUUAGAAAGAUCAGUGUGCCAGUAAAGAGACUCAGACUGAACUGUGUUCCUGUUUGGUUUGGCUAAACUAAACAACCUCUGAAAAUUAAAAGUCUUAAUCCUAAAUGUGGCAGUUAACAAUAUAGUUACCUAUGCUGUGUUAGUUAAUAGGCAUUGUGCUCCAGGAACUCCUCUUUCAGAAGCCCAGUGAAGUAAAUGGGCCAUUUGCAAAAACAAAUAUGAUGAGUGUUAGAAGUUCCCAGUCAAUGGAAAUGGUUGAAACGCCUUAUAUGAAGAUUCAGGAUGACUCCCCUCUAAAAGGGGGAACAAUCAACUUGGCACACAAUGAGAUCCAGUUCUGUAGCUCUGAGUUGUGAUACUCGGUGGUUACUACAUUACGCCUAUGGACUUUACUGUAUUGAGUUUGCUUGUUUUACAAAGCAAGUCACAAGAGAUCUCUUCAUGCCCAUGGGGAUAUUAAUAAUCAGGGCCGGCUCCAGGCAUGCCUGGGCCCUCAGGCAUCAGCUUGCCCUGUGUCCCUGCGUGCACGCCCCACACACACCCUUCCUGUCUGCUGUCUUUUACCAUUGCCCUUAACGAAGAUGGCGGCCACAGUUGCCCUAAGGGGAUGGUGGCAGGGGCUUCAGUACCUUAGGGAAACUGUGGCCGCCAUCUUUGAAUGGUAAAAGACAGCAGACAGGUAGGUGGGGGGGCCAUGGGGCGGCAGAGGGCCCCCUAGUAGCUCCAGGGGCCGUUGGGCCAGUGCCCCACCUGGCCACCCUUUAAAACUGGCCCUGUUAAUAAUCACCUGGGUCCAUAGUUGUGUAUUCCACCAUCUUUCCUAGAAAAUGAUUGAAAAACAUCUCCAUACUAAAGUGCUUCAUGACCAUUGGAAAUAGCACUGAUUUGUAAAGCCCAGGUAGAAAUAAAGGGAAAAUAGUAUGUGGCACAAUCUAUGACUGUGAUGUUGCCACCCUUGCUGCAAGAUCUGUUACUUUGCUCUCUUCUUUGCCAUCCACCUAACCCUCCCUUUAUGCGCUUGUGUGCCCUUUUGUGGAGUGAAUAGAGGCAUAAAAAGUUUCUACCCUGUGAAGCUUGGCUAUUUAAUACAGUGUCUUAAUCAGAAAGCACAAUGGAUUUUGGAAUAUCCUCCAAGAAGUGAAAAAAGAUGCUGGCAUACACCCAUGCCAUUCAGACAUGUACUCAAAGCCAUGAGAGGCUUUUUAACAGGUCCUAUGUAGCUGAGAGAACCACUAAAUGAAUACAAAUGUAUGGGUCUUUUCUAUGGUAUUGGUACUCUCUCUUUCUCCUGGAGCAUGCCAGUUUCUUAGAAAGGACCCACACAAUUGGUCCCCACCCAUGUAUUCAGGACAUUUUUAAUGUUCACCUAACUAGGUGGGAGCUGCUCACACAGCUAGGGGCAUCUGGAAGAACCUAAGAGCAGGAUGGAAAAACAUAACAUGUACAAGCCAACCAGUAGUAUUGUGUCUGUGCUCUGUCGCUGUGUUAGGGCUGACACCUCUUUAACCUUUUUUGACAUAUCAAGGAAUGAGCUGAAGUGGUCAGGACAGCAUAUUACAUUACUGCUAGUGACAUGAUUAUCUGGAUGCUCCACAACAGACUUAGGAGUGAAGGGCAUAGGUAUUUCUCAUCUGUUUCCAUGAUUCCUUGAGAUUAUUGCUUAAUCUGAGUGACAAAGUAACCCAUACUGUUUUAGUCCAUCUCCUGGCAUGCCUAAGGGUUAAGCUGUAUCUGAUCUAUUGCAGCAGAAGUUACUUGCUUUCUUUCAUUUCCCUUUUCAUGUCAGUGGUGAAACCUAACGAUGCAUGAUCAUAAAGAUAAUGCCAUUAAAAAGGCACUGGGUUUGGCCUUUAUCUUUCCAAUAAUUCAUUGAAAAAUGCCCAACCUCAAUUUUCUUUUUUGGUAAGCUUUUUGUAGACUAUUUUUCCUGUUGGCAUGAUAAUUCUAGUUACUAAAGAAACUGUUUCUUUGAUUUCUGUUAAAUGUUUAAAUUUCCUUUUUUCUGACUGUUUCUUCAAAUAGGAAUAAACUGUAAAGAAUUUAAAAGCAACAUUUAUUAAAAGAAUUCUUAGUAAUAAUGAA